AACUAUAAACUCACUGGAGUGCAGAGGAGGGGAACGACAUGACUUCAAACAUGUUUUGCAGAGUCCCCUGAUUUCAGUUCUUGCAGCAGAGAUUUUUCCUGCUGGAUAACUUGGUUCCUUUCUCAUUAUCUAGUACCACUGAUAGUGCUUCUUCAAGCUGUCAGACCAUUCCUGCUCCACCACCAAAAAGUUAGGAAAAGGUUUACAGGGAACUGGAUAAAAUACGAUUACACUUACCAGCUGACAGCUUUUGAUAAGACAGUCCAAGCACUCCUUCCCCCUUUUGUGUUUGCCCCUGUAAAGCUUUUGCCUCGCUAUAUGCCGUGCAAUUUUAUAAAGCCAAAAAGGUGGCUUGUUCUGGCAGGCUUAGCAGGGAGGAGAGCACCUUUUGCCCAUUAUUGUUCUGAAAGUGGAAAAGGCACUCAGGAGAGGCAUUAACGGGGAAUCCAGUGGGACGGUGGUGCUGUGAAGGCCAGUGCUGCAACAGGGCAGGGCUGUCCUGCCAGGGCAGUGCCUGGUGAGCUGGGUCAUAGCAUGGGCUCAAAACUAAGCAGUUCCCUGCAAUUUCAGCAAGGAAACUGAAGCAAAUGGAGCCUGUGUCUGCCUGGAGCUACUGCCCUGGGUCAAACAGCCUCCUGCACCUGUCUGAGUCUCCCCCCUGCUGCCCCUAUCUAUAUUUACCCAGUGGGAACUUUCCAAGAAUGGAAGUGGGAAGAUAAAUGCCUGCUGGGGCUAAAAUUAGCCCAAGCUCCCUGGCCCUUCUCCCUGCAGUGGCAUUUCAGCUGUGAGCUUGACAGCCUGCGUCCUUCCAGUUGCGCGGAGUGGAUGUCCAUCCCUGGCGGAGCAAGAACUUCUCUCUCACCUCCAUUUUGCAUUCAAACCGUGGGGGAAUUCACCAUGGGACUGCGGCAGCCCUGCCUGGCUCGGGUGUGAGCGUCACCUACCUCACAGAGAUAUUGGGCUUUACUGUUUACAAUGAAAGUGGUACUCAGGAGACAGACCAAAAAAAUGAGCCUAAUGGAUAUCACUAAGAUAUUCUCCAUGCUCCAGCCCAGAGAAGAUGAAGAAGGUAACAGAGAAAGCGAGGAGCUGAACCAAGCAGUAUCCGAGGAUGAUUAUCAAACCCUUGACAGGCUCCUGAGCCAAGACAGGUACAAGAGGGUCAUCAACAGCCGGAGCGGCUGGGGCGUUCCCAGCACCCCGCUGCGCCUGGCUGCCUCCAAGGGCCACCUCCGGAGCCUGGAGGUCCUCUUGGCCCACGGGGCAGAGGUGGACAGCCUGGACGUGAAGGCCCAAACCCCGCUCUUCACGGCAGUCAGCAACGGCCACCUGGAGUGCGUGAAAGCGCUGCUGGAGGCAGGGGCUAGUCCCUCCGGCAGCAUCUACAACAACAGCUCGCCGCUGCUCACCGCAGCCAGGGACGGGGACCUCGGCAUCCUGCAGCAGCUCCUGGACCACGGCGCGGAGGCCAACGUCCACGCGAGGGUGCCCGAGUGGGCCGCCAACUCCGCCGCCUGCUCUGGCCCUCUGUACCUCGCGGCCGUCUACGGGCACCUGGAGUGCUUCAGGAUGCUGCUGCUCUACGGCGCCGAUCCCAACUACAACUGCACCGAAGAGAAGAUGAUCGCGCGCAUCAAGGAGCCCAAGACUCUGCUGGAAAUCUGCCUGAGGCACGGCUGCCGGCGUGAGUUCAUCAAGCUGCUCCUCGACUUUGGAGCCGACGUCUAUUUGCCAAAAGUCACGGUGGAAAAGAUGCCACCCGGUAGCGAGGGCCUGGAGCUGCUGCUGCAGGCGAGAGCUCAUCCCAAAUCCUUGAUGUCUCAGUCCAGGCUGGCGGUGAGGCGCCUCCUGAAGCAGGCUGGCCACGCGCAGGCCCUCGGCGAGCUGGACAUCCCCCCGGUGCUGGUGAGCUACCUCCGACAUCAGCUUUAGCAGGGACACACCAUGGAAGAUGCCUGCCCCAGAAACGUGCCCAAUGCCUGAAUUAAAAGCUGCUCUGAUGCUGCCAUUGCACAGCACGAAACGGAUGUGAAUUUGCGACCGCAAAGUACUUUUGCUUACAAAGUCUCUCUUGAAACGCAUCGCCUGCCUGAAAAGAUAGUGAGAGGAGUGGGAGAGCAAACAGAAGCCUUCAGCUCCUGCUCUGUGCCAGGCGUAGCAGAGUGACAGCAGAGCAGGAUCUGAGCAGACCUGCAGGUCUUUCCCCACAGCGUGGCCUCAGCGGCGCGUAAGACCCAUCUCCCAGAGAGGUUCCAAGGUGCUUCCUCUGUCUUGCAGCCUGGCAAGGUCAGCAGGAGGCUGCAUUCAGCCACAGUCCGCUGCCCCAGUGCUCUCAUGUGGCUGUCACCUCCUCCGUGCCGUGCCUGGGGUGCUCCUGAGCCCAGGGGGACACCAGUGCAGCUCCCCCAUGACCACACCUGUAGGUGACUCAGGCAAGGGCUGCAGUAAGUAUUCAGAGCCAAAAGUCCCCGAUGCCCAAUCUCGCACCUCCCCUUUCCAGCGCUAUCUUUAAGCAUCAUUUUCCCCUCCUCAGAAGUGGUCAUGUUACUGCUGAGGGGCUGGGGUGUCUGUCUGGGCUGGGUGCCUGUGACCGUGCAGGAUUUUUUUUAAUGUAUGCUAAUAUUCUUAUUAAACUGUUGUGAUCUGUUUG